AAAUUGGAAACGGCAGAAACGGUGGGUAGCUCUGAGUGAAGUCCCAACUCCUAGGGCCAACGCCUUGCUUCUCCCAGAAGCACAUACGACCAACGGAUUAGGACUCUCUCUCUCUCUCUCUCUCUCUCUCCAAAGACAGAGUAAAGGAGUAACUCAAUCCGAAGAAGAAGAAGAAAAAGAAGAAGAAAGAGGAAUGGAGAGCGCGUCGGAAAUGGUGGCAUUUCCGUUGCUGACGACGCCGAUCGAGUCCAAUUAUAGAGCGUGCACCAUUCCCUACCGCUUCCCCUCCGAUAACCCUCGCAAGGCCACCCCUGCGGAGAUCGCUUGGAUUGACCUCUUCCUCAAUUCCAUUCCCUCUUUCAAGAAACGAGCAGAGAGUGAUCCUACAGUUCCUGAUGCUAAUAUUAAAGCUGAAGUUUUUGCUCAGAGAUAUACUGAAAUACUCGAGGAAUUUAAGAAAGAUCCUGAAAGUCAUGGUGGGCCACCUGAUUGCAUUCUUCUCUGCAGAGUUCGCGAGCAAGUUCUUAGAGAAUUGGGAUUCCGUGAUAUAUUUAAGAAAGUUAAGGAUGAAGAGAAUGCAAAGGCUAUAUCUCUAUUUGUGGAUGUAGUUAAUCUUAACGAUGCAAUUGAAGAUGAAGGCAAGCGUCUGGAGAAUCUGGUCAGAGGAAUAUUUGCAGGAAACAUAUUUGAUCUUGGCUCUGCACAACUUGCAGAGGUUUUCUCGAGGGAUGGAAUGUCCUUUUUAGCUAGUUGUCAAAAUCUUGUCUCCCGACCUUGGGUUAUUGAUGACUUGGACGCUUUCAAAUUGCAAUGGGGCAGGAAAUCUUGGAAGAAGGCUAUCAUUUUUGUUGAUAAUUCUGGUGCAGAUAUUAUUUUGGGUAUUUUGCCAUUUGCAAGAGAAUUACUCCGACAUGGGACUCAGGUUGUUUUGGCAGCUAAUGACUUGCCUUCUAUCAAUGACGUGACUUACCCUGAACUGGUUGAGAUUAUAUCAAAGCUGAAGGACGAACAUGGUCAGCUCAUGGGUGUUGAUACUUCAAAUCUUUUAGUUGCCAAUUCUGGUAAUGAUUUGCCGGUUAUUGAUCUCACGAGAGUUUCACAAGAGCUCGCCUACCUUGCAAGUGAUGCGGACCUGGUUAUCUUGGAAGGGAUGGGUCGUGGAAUAGAGACAAAUCUUUAUGCACAAUUCAAGUGUGAUUCCCUUAAGAUUGGAAUGGUGAAACAUCAAGAGGUUGCCCAGUUUCUUGGAGGACGGCUUUAUGACUGCGUCUUUAAAUACAAUUAAGUUAUGAGUUGAUAAUGUCAUUUUUGCUUCCUUAGCUGAAUUAGUAAUUCCCUACAAUGGCAUUAAGUGUUACUGCCUGGAAGAAUGAUAUAUGCGAGCUCCUAGGGUUUGCCGAUUGGAUAAAAUAAGUACCAGAACUGUUUACAAGCAGCAGAAAUCGUUUUGAUCUACUUUCUAUUAUAUCAUUGUACUGUUACAGGAAUUUAUUGUACUUAUAUUUUUUUGACA